AGCCACGCCCCCGACCCCGUGCAUGACCCCGCCCUCUUACCUGUCGACUCAAUGGAGGAUCACUUCCUGAUGGACGUGGGGUCCUACGACGAGGACUCCUCAGCAGCCUUGCAGCUGCAGGGUCGGGCCAUGCGUUCAUCUCGUCGCUGCAUCCCCCACCAGCAGUCAUGUCUGGGUUACCCGCUGCCCUGCUGCGACCCCUGUGACACCUGCUACUGCCGCUUCUUUAACGCCAUCUGCUACUGCCGCCGGGUCGGCCACGCCUGCCCACCCAGACGCACCUGAUGCCGGUACGCCGUGAGGAGACGCGUUCAACAUGUUGACGCUCUUUCUGUUACUCGUCGGAUAAAAUGUGCUCUUUGUGUAAUAAACGACUGCUGAGGAAAACGUAUAUUCAGAUGCCAGAUUAACGUGUUUUGUGACCGUAUUGUGAUUACUGACAACAUGUCAACAUGGUUAUUAAUUAAUUAAGAAACUAUGGACAAUAAUAGGAUUAAUCACGAUUAAAUAUUUUAAUUGAUUGACAGCCCUAAGAAAAAUACAAUAAACAUAAAGCAAGUUGAGCCUUCCACAUCUCCCGUUAGUCAUUUUCUCUGAGUAGUAAAGAACUGUAUCAUCUGCAUACAGACGGAUUAUGCACUUUGACAGCUGUGUUGGAAGGUUAUUCAUUUAUAUGCAACUGCAUGGGGUGAGUUUGGACAGAACAUGUUCAACGUGAACAAAUUGACUUCUUCCUUGUAGACAGGAUUUCAUUGUUACAGAGAGAAGAAAUGCAGCAGUGACUGGCUGUCUAUUUAAAGGUACUAUAUGUAACAAUUUACGUGUUUUAAUCGCUUUAUAUUGCCAAUGUCUGUAGAGAUUGCCUAUAACAGCCUGUGGACUGAUUUCUAUGAAAAGGACUCGGGAUUGUUUUACCGGAAAAAAUCCAAUGAAUAUGCCGUUUAUGCACGCUCCCGAGUGCCUCACCUCUCUUGAGCUCCCAGAAAGCGCCAACAGUGUGCAGCUAAUAUAGCAAAAUGCUUUCUCGAGUGCUUAAGCUAAGGUUGGCCAGCUUGCUGUAACUUACAGUAGCUAUGCAGUAUGGAUCUGCUUGGUUGCUUCAUAACAUUAGCUGAUAAUGUAAUUUACUAGAUGUAAGCUAUAGUUAUUAUCAUGGAGCCAAUGGUCCAAAUAAAAUACGGGAACAUUACAGAGCAUUAUGAAAGGGAUAAUGCCCGACGAGGUGUCCAUUAUCAGGAAUUAAUGAACGAUGUGUAGAGACGUCAGGAUGCUGACUGCAGUUCUCCUUACGGCCACAGGUGUCAUUAAUAACAAGCAUCUUCUGAAAGUUACAUAUAGUACCUUUAAGGCUGAUUUAAAAUCUUUACACACUGCGGAAGCUGUAAUAUUAAUUUAUGUAACAUGUUCAAGAAGACAACAUGUCAACAUGCUUGUCAGGAAACACACAGAAAUGAGUUGAUGAGCUUUAGAGGUGUUGGUAGGUGUAUUCUGAAC